GUGUACAACGGGUAGGUGAACGAGCUCAUAUGUGGAGAUGGAAAAGGGAAGUACUAGAGUGUACUUAGUUGUAAUGAAUCCCUUUUUUAUUCAUCUUUUUUUAAAAAGAUAAGAGAUCGAUAAAAAGAUUGUUCUUCUAUCUUGGCAGGAAAAAUACAGAACCAAACAAAAUGGGUCGUUCGUCGAAGGCCGAUCUUGCGGCAAAAGGCUCUGAAGAGGGAGGAGCGACCGCAAGUGGAGCAGCGAAGAAUGAUAAAGUUAUGAGUUGCACUUGUACUGCUGAUGCAUUAGUGAGGUUCGUAAGCUAAGGACGGAGAGAAGUUAUAAAACGCAAUAAAUAUUGAUUCUACUUACCAAGGAAAAGGAUUACUACGACUGCGUCAGGAAGGUCCCGCGUGAACAUAAUAAUGAUAAUGCUCUAGUACAACGUCUAAUCAGGAAAGUGCGGGCGCAGCACCCAAGAUGAAAGGGCGUAAGAGACGAAGAGGAGCCAGGGUUCGACAGAAAAUUAAUAUCUGUUGGUUCCGAAGAAAUCUGCGUGUCUAUCACGACAAUCCGGCUCUGAUCAAGGCAAUGUCGGGCGAUCUGCCUUUGCUGUGCAUGUACUGCUUGACGCCCUACAUGCUACCUUCGAGGCACCGAAAGCGAAAACGACAAUUUUAUCAAGGCAUUACGGCUAGCGCCGCGGCUAGAAGUAUAAACACUUUUACAGUACUACUUCCACGUGAUGACCACAGCCACUGCCACACGGAAGUAGAAGCUUAGGUAUAUCGUGUUCUAUAUCUAUGAGGUGAAACACGAUAAUAUCUAACCAACCUUCUCACCAAUGUUCGUCCAGCUAGUAGUAGUACUUUGAUUCGAGGAGCAUGACCAUGAGGAUACUUCUACAUAGUACAUGUACAAGAACAAGCUAGCUGUUGUAUACAGAAAUACUAAACACCAGCAAGCGGAGGCUGUACUAAUUAUAGUCAAUACUCUUACAUCAAGGGGAACCGCUUUUAAUUAUCAAAUCUCAUACUAAAUAACAGCGAGCGUCUGCGUCUUGUUUUUUUUUCUAAUCUGACUGGGGUAGUCGCGGAGCACGAAAGGAAUGCCUGUGGAGUGCAGUAUUUCAACUUCCUACUGCAGAGCUUGCGAGAAGUGCAGACAAGUCUGCAGAGGAUGGGUCAAGAUCUCUACGUAUUUGAGGGGCAUAGAGAAAGUGACAUUUUUCGCUUCCUCUUCGACGAAUUCGAAGUGCAUUAUGGCAAGAAUUUUUUGGCUGUAAGUAGAAAUUUUGAGCCUUGAAACGAAACUUGCCCCUGUGGGGGGCUGGAUAAAGCUGAGGCCGCUCUUUCAGUAGCCCCAGGAUACAAAAAAAAAAAGAAACUUUUUCUGAAAUCUCCAAAUCCAAAUCCAAAUCGUGCUUAGUUGUCUAAGAGAAGAACCGAACCGCAGCUAAUCUGAUUUUUAUGCGAAUGAUUAGCAUGAUUAGCCUAUCACUUCUCCGUCUACUUGUUGAGCACUUCUUAAUAAGGCUGCAUGUCCCCGUCUAAGACCCAAACGUGUUUAUGGAGCAAGAUUUAGAGCCUUACGGUUUGAACCGGGAUGAUGUGGUCACGAAUAUGGCAGCCAGCGGUGGCACCAAUGUUAUCUCCUAUGCCUCCAACAUGCUGUGGGAUGUCCGCGAUGUGCUUCUAGUAGAGAGGGUAGGAGUAGAGGAGGACGAAGAUGACCUGAAAAAGGCAACGCUCCCGUCUGGCGAAGCAAUCUACACAACGACAGGAGGAGCAUCGUCCUCCUCUAGUGGAGGAGCACUCGGAGGUUUUAACUUUUUAUGAAGGACUAAUUGGAGAUCGACAUUGUACUAGAAUCAACAGGAACAGGGUAGGUUAAAGGUGCUUUUGUUACCGUUUGUUAUGGCUCUCCUAAGGGGGACAGUGAUAGAAUAAACGGGAUUUAAACGGACACCAAAAACCUACCUCUAAUAGAAGUCAGAAGUAUAGUAUUGAUGGAUCUCGUCGGGUGCGGGUUCCCUCGUCACAAAGAGACAAUAACUUAGAAGUUCUUCCACCGAAUAUUCAACCGACAUUAGCCGCACCCACGAGCUUGAGUAGCGAAUGCCGCAUGGUUAGAAAACUUGAACACCGCACUAUCAUGCUAAGUACAUUUUUCUCUUCAUAGAAAGACGCAGACGACGGUCUGGUGACGGGUGAUGUGCCAGCGCCAACAGCAACGGGGAAGGACGCACCGAUCUCGAUUCCGCCUUUAUGGCAACGUGAUGUCUCUCGUCAUACACAUACUACUAGAUUAUUUCAUCUUGAUGUUGACCGCGUUUACUUCUUGAGAGUAGAACUUGCACUUGAAAAGAAGAGUGACCACUCUAUUAGAGCAAAGCUAAAAAUCUUGAUUAGAACUUCCUCUUCCACUUGAAAAGCAGACUGACUUCUCUAUUAGAGCAAAGGUAACAAUGUAAUGUGGUCAACAAGGGUCGUGUUAAUGGGAUUAUUAAAAUCUGUUUACCUCCUGAUCAUUUAAAUUAAAGGACGUCCAAACACCUCUUGUUAGGCACAUUCAUUCAUUCAUUCAUUCAUUCAUUCAUUCAUUCAUCUCCAGCACCUUCCUCUAACCUCUAUGAUCCUCCCAGAGAGUUUCGACAAGUGGCGAGAUCUGGUAGCAGAAGCAGGGGACCCACAAAGGCCAGCCAAGUGGUUUAGUGGGAGCAAAGAUCCUACCAAGUGGGCUGAGUGGGACACGUGUUUAGGCAAAAAGCCAACAAGGGUGGAAGAUUAGUACUAAAUUUUUUUCGUUUCUUUUUCUUGAACCAUCUUGAAGUAGAAUUCUUGAAGUAGAAUUCUUGAACCAAGAAACGUUCAGCAUCAGUGACCAUUGAGUGCUGAGCUUUAAUUGAAGUAGAAUUCAACCAUCAAAUUCUUGAAGUGUGGAAGAUUUUAAUUGUAGUACAUCAUCAAUGAAUGAACCAUCUUGAAGUAGAAUUCUUGAAGUAGAAUGAAAGUGAUACAAUUACAAGGUGUCGAAGAGUGGAGCUGCAAGUGGAAGAUUUUAAUUGUAGUACUACCUCUCGUGGUUUUGCCCUGCUCAUCAACUCUCCUCCACCACCCCCAGUCACCGCGCCGAGUUUGCCUUUGCCCAGAAAACCGUGCCAGCAGUUCCUGCAGAUCUUGAUACAGAACCUUUCGCGUCCAUGGCGUCCAACAAAGUCCCUACUCUCAAAGAUUUAACACUGUCAAAGCAAGAUGAAGUUCCUGCUUCGGAUGUCAAAUAUUAUGAAGAUGCGGUGUAAUGUUACUGACGAGUAUACAUAUUUAUCCAACUACAAAAAUUACAAGUAGUAGAAGAUGACCUGUAGUUUUCAGAUUGUAUGGUAGUUCUGGUAUUUGGUAACCUGAAUUUGGUCAUAAGGGAAAACAAGAAGAUAACCCUUGUGAUCAAAUCCAGGCUACCCAAUACCGGAGCCAUUCACAGAUGCAAGACUAUUAUCAGGCAGGCUACUCCUGCUAGUCUUACUACAAAAAAUGAGGAGCUCGACGCUGUCUUUCUCAAUUGUUCGGGUUUGUUUUAGACCUCGAACUUAGUCGGUUGCAGCACAAUAAGAAUAGCUAAAAACUAACGCCUAUUGUUCAAGAAUGUGAAAGCGGAAAAAAAAAACUGCCGCAUCUCGUCAACAUCAGAUAACAACUAUAUCCAUGUAGAGAAGUUUUAUCGUUACCUCAAGUAGAGCAUGCUGCUAUUUUUAUCAUCUUCUAACACCCCCGCGGGGGAGAACAGGAAGCACUUCGAAGGCUUGACUUUUUGGUGAAGAAAGGCAAGACAAAAAUCCUCGACUACGAUUCGGAAACAAUGAAUCCGAUGAUGAUGUACUAACUUGUUACAAUAACACAUUUACAACAUCACGAACUGUGAACAUUUUGUUUGGGUCUACUUACUCUGCCUGGUUCGUUGUAUACGAAAUUUGUUACCAGUACCUCGCUUGCAGUGUCUUUAGUGGGUCCUAGGAAGUCGAGUCAGCAGCUUCUGCCUCUAUCGCAAUCGUUAUCGUGUACACAGACAUCAUUGAUAUUAAUUAGCACUUCUUCUUGUAGUCAAAAUUAAAAAUCUACUCCAUCUUCUACCCCUUCAUAAUCAACUACAGAGACCGAGAGUUUAAUUUUUGGCCUACGACGCUUGGUGUAUCAGCAUACAUAGCGCAUGGGUGUCUCUCUGUGCGCACUCUGUAUUCGGAGGUGAAGAAGCUGUUCGAUGCUAGCGACAAAGAUUUUGAUUAUGACGCGGAUAUUUGUUGAGGAUGAGUUUUUGUAGUUGACUACAUGUUGUUGAUUUCAAUACUUCUACAGCUUGUGUUGUGGUACUAGUGGUCUACUUGUGGUAGUACGUUAACUACAGAAGCCGAAGAACGCUAUCAAUCACCUCCUGCUCUAAUCCCCGAAAUCUGAGGUCAUCAAAAACCUCAUGUGGCGCGACUAUUUCUAUACGUGCGGUUUCACUGUGGAAAAUUUUGGGCAAUUGCAUAAGAACCAAGUCGUCCGACAGAUACCAUGGGAAAAUGACGCCGACUACAUGCGCCGAUUUGAGAUGGGACGAACUGGAUAUCCAUUUCUAGACUUAUGAAUCCCCUCGAGAAGGCAGGUAAAACUGUGGACGGCGGACCUAAUCCUAGUCCUAUCUACUAGAUGACCACAUCGUCACCAGAGCUCCUGCAGCUAUUCUGGCACUAUACUACUUAUUUGGUUUUGUAUUAAAUGUUUCUAGAUAGUUGUCCCCGUAUUAAGCGAAACUUCUAUAGUAGGCUGUCAUCAUGUAUUGAGCUUUGAAGGUUCUUGUUCUUCCUCUAAGAGGAGCGAUCAUGAAUCAACUACGUGCAGAAGGAUGGGUGCCAGGCGUUUUGCGUCAAAUCGCGUGCUGCUUCUUCACGCGAGGAAAUUUAUACCAGUCAUGGGAAAAAGGAAGGGAUAUUUUCGCAAAAUACGCUGUCGAUCACGAUUGGGCUUUGCAGUUAUGUGAUGUGCUUUUCUUUGUUCAAGUAAAAGUCAGUUGUCAUGGUCUCCCCACCAACUAAAGAAGAUUUGAUGUCGUAAUUGUAGUGAUUCCUAUCUCCGUCCGACGCACGAGUACUGUGUUGUACUGUAACGAAGAUCCUUACUCUCACGCCCAGAAAGAUGAGAGCAGGAUGCUCAUCCUCAUCUUCUUCUUCUCUAGUUGUAUGGAGGAUCUUCAUCGUCCUCAUUCUCAUGAUUUUGCUGCUCGUGCUCUAAGACCAACAGGAGGAUGGAUGAUGUCAUCGUGCGCAGCCUUCGAUGACAAGUUUGGCAACGUCUAUGACCCUGCAGAAAUAGGAAAAACGUUCGAUAAGAUGGGCAGAUACGUCACGUAUUUACAAUGAUUUCGAUUUCGACGCUCAUCUCAAGAAAUCACGCUGUCCCCUGCUAAGGUCAGCUUCGUUGCUAAUGCAAGACUUGACGUUUCUCGUUUGCACAGCCAAGGCUUUCAUCCGAAAUUGAACCAACGCUUGCCAGAAAAUGAAUUUGAAAAAGAUGAGAUAUAAUCGAAAAUUUUUGGAUUCAACAAGAAACUUUUUGAAUUAGAAAUUUUCAAAGACGCGCACAGCAACGCUCACCAGAAAAUGAAUUUGAAAAAGAUGAGAUAUAAUCGAAAAUUUUUGGAUUCAAGAAGAAACUUUUUGAAUUCGAAAUUUUCAAAAACGCGCACAGCAACGCUCGCCAGAAAAUGAAUUUGAAAAAGAUGGGAUAUAAUCGAAAAUUUUUGGAUUCAAGAAGAAACUUUUUGAAUUCGAAACUUUCAAAAACGCGCACAGCAACGCUCGCCACAAAAUGAAUUUGAAAAAGAUGAGAUAUAAUCGAAAAUUUUUGGAUUCAAGAAGAAACUUUUUGAAUUCGGAACUUUCAAAAACGCGUACAGCAACGCUCGCCAGAAAAUGGAUUUCAAAAAAUGAGAUAGAAUCAAAAAUUUUUGGAUUCAAGAAGAAAUCCUGCUGAAUUCGAAACUUUCAAAGAAAAGAAUAAGGUUUUAGCAACAUGUCAUGCUUUUUUGAUAUAAGAUGCUUACUUUUAUCAAGAAAAUAGAAUAAAUUACUGAAGCAAGAAAGUUGUAUGGUACUGUUAGUUGCAAAAUGACAUCUCAAAAAUUAUCAGGUUCUUCGUGCCGAAAUUGCGGAAUAUGCCUGAUAAAUACCUCUACCAACCAUGGAAUGCAUCGGAGGCUGUGCAGGAACAAGCAGGUUGCAUUAUCGGUUCCGAUUACCCUUCUAUCUUAUGGUAACCAAGAUAAAAGUUGUAGAAGUUGUCCUGCUCCUGGUCAGCUAUUCCUUUUUUUAUCUUAGUUCUUCUCUCUGGAAGUAGGUACUUAAUCCUCCCUGCUAGUGUCCUCAAUCGAUAGUGGUCUCGCGGCGCACGUCGAAAUUCUUUUUAUUUUUUUCCGCAGUUUCAUUCUUUGUGUGUGAAUGUUGUGUAAUGAGUCUGCUGCUGCAUGCUAGUAUAAUGGUAAUUGUUCUUGCUUCAACUUGGUAAAAAUGGUAUGGUUAGUGUCAAAGCUAGUGGUCUGGUAUAGUUCAAGUGUUGGUCUUCAUCCUUGUUCCGGAUAGUCUAUAGUGGUCUAAAUCAGCUUCUAGUCUUCUCUUCUAAUGAAAAUCUGCAAGCAUUCCGAGACUGCAAAGAUAAACUACGAUCUUACGCGCAGGGUGUUUCAACAAGGGAAGAAACCAAACUGGAGCAUACGAAGGGAAGCCGCGGAGUACCUUUUUUUUCAGAGCAAUAAGUAUGGCAGUAAAAUAAGUAUGGUCGUGCGUCUUCUAGGCUGAUUAUUCUGACGAGGACCAUAAUUCUUUCUCUCGUCUUCUAAUAUCGAGAGGAAGUGAUACUCGAGCUAAUGGGUGGUGGAAAGGCAGCUGCCUCUUCUAGCGGUGCGCCGGAUGCAAAGAAGCAAAAAGUCGCUGGUGCUGCCAAGACCACUGUUAUGCAUGGGUUUCACAGUGAUUGUUCGGAGUGUAGUACAACUAGAAGAUUAUUUCGUCGCCCCUGUACUUACAAGUACUACAUGUACAACUACUUACUCCCCUGUACAAGUAGAUGUACAACUACUUACUCCCCUGUACAAGUACAUGUACAACUACUUACUCCCCUGUACAAGUACAUGUACAACUACUUCCUCUAUGGUGAGUACUUCCUCAAUAUUCAUUGACACCCUCUUCAUGCAGCAACAUCUUCUCUUCAUCGUGGUGUUCCUUACAUCUAUGUAAUCUAGUGACUCUACUAGUUAGAAGCGAGGUGAUCUACAACUCAUGAUACAACAUGGUCCUCCACUCUACUACUUUUUCUAAGCAUACUUCCUCAUCGUCUACUGGAGGACCCGGCAGCCCAAAGAAGCCGGUGCCAAAGGAGUUCCUAGAAAAUGACUUGCUUUUUGGCGACGAACGAAAUCCCAAGAAAGUCUUCGGCCGUAUGCCUCCCAAGCGAAGCCCAAGGAGAGCUGCAGGCGGCAGUGGGGACGCAGCUCAAAGUGCAGCUGGUAUUUCAUCUUUUUAGAGAGGAUUCAUUUGUACCAUGAGGACCAGAGUCUAUGGUAGAGAUACUAGAAAUUGUUCUUCUCUUCCUUCUUCUAAUAAAUUAUACAACUGUUAGAAGUACUGUCCCUCCCACUUACAAUUGCAAUCAUGUACUUCACAGAUGACAUCAAAAAGAAAUUUGGUGGUUCGGAAAUUGACCUGCAGAAAGCCUUAGCAAAAGACGCAGCUGCUUCCACGAACAAGAUGAAGAAAAAGCGCGCUAACGACGAAGAAGACGACUUGCUAGCUGAUGAUGAUGCAAAUUACGGCCCGUCGAUAAUUGCUUCAUUUCACUCUAUGCUGGAAGGACGAGGACGAGGAUAGCAACUAGUUCUAGUUCUACCAGUGACAAACAUUUACAUUUAAUACUUCUAGUACUACUAGUACUGAAGAUCUACUUUCUGUUUUUGUCGAAACAAGAGGGAUACUGAUCAUAGAAUGACCUCCUUCUAACAACUCACCGGCCCAAAAACGAAGAAGGGAAAGACGACAGGAGCCACGAAAAUGGGUAAAAAGCAAGUAGCUACAAGUGGGAAGGAGGCAGCAAAGAACAGUAAAAGUUCAUCUACGAAGGCUGCUGCUGUUGCAUCUUCAAGUACUAGUAGCACUGAUAAAGCCUCCACCGGUGUUACUAUUCCGUCAAGUAGUAAAGGACCACUAGCUGCUAUAGGUGGUCCUGCUUUUGUCGAGGUAGAUGACGGAGUGACCGACGAAGCCGAUGCAGAAGCAGCAGCUUUGAUAGUGAAGGCGACAGAGUUGGACAACCAUCUUCUUCCGAACAAAAGUGAGCAAGAUGGAGGUACAUCAACUGGUGCAACGAGUAGCAAGGCCAAGGCUAGUGCAAUCUUUCCGUCCUCAUCUGCAAACCUGAUAAUGUCAGGCGGAGCAAACAGAAUAGACACAUCAAAGGGGCCUAGACCAGGAGGAACAUCUUCAAGUACUAAAGCAGGAGGUACUGGAGCUACAACUAGAUUUAAGGCUUCUGCACCUAGAUUCUAAUCCAUCUCACUCUAAAUAUAGACAUCCCUCAAGCAUAUCUAUGCACCCCAAGACAAGGGAGAUACUGACGCAUAUGCUUGAGGAAUUUCCACAGGGAAGAUGAAUCAGGAAGAGGUCUAAUAGAUCAGGUAGUCAACCGAGAAAUGCAUCCUCUGGCGAUAGUCCUAAACCUAAAGCUACUAGUGUGAUGAAGAAAGCUGUUGAUGCUAAAGGAGCAUCAUCCUCGUCGAGCUCUUCAGGAGCAGCUGCCUCCAAGAAGAACACGAAAAUGAAUGCUGCAAAGGCACAAGCAAGCCCGAAAGGGAAAGCAGCAAGUCCGAAAGACGCACCUGCACCAGGAUCAAAAAAGCCCGCGAUGAAGAAACAAUAGAUGAAAAUCCCGGAAACAGUUGUGUUGACUAGUUCAAAGUAGACCCAAUCAUUUUGAUGCUAUCUCAGCCCUAGAAGUUACCGUUACAGUAUUUGUACUGAAGAAUUGAAUGGAGCAAGAAGUGCUGCUAUACAGACGUCCUCUGAAGAAAAACUCUAGUGAUGAUGAUGAGCACCGAAGAUUAGCAUCCAAGUAAAUCUUUCUUAAGAACCUUAUCGUUAUUGGACAACUAAUCGCUCACGACCUAUCCAAGUAUAAAAGUGAUGUUGAACAAUAGAUAUAGAGACUCAUACUUACAACAUGGAAUCGAGGACUAAAGAUUCAUACUUAGAGUCGAACAACAGGAAAUCGAGGACUAAAGAUUCUUCGCGACACAAGAUUUCAAGUAAUGAGUUGUAGCGCGGUCCUCGACCCCUUACGAGUCCGUCCGCGAUAUGAAAUUCAUAUGCUAAAUGUUGUACUGUCAAAACAUCAAGAGCACUCAAAUUCAAUUGAUUUUCAUCAUAGAUGAAAGGAACAAUGUUCGACGAUAAAGAACAACAUAAAGAACUUUCAGAAGCAGGACAACUAGAAGGCACAAGCUCGUCGUGUGGAUAUUUGAAUUAGACACGACAACUUCACAGGUUUUGAAAAGAUCCAUUUACAGUGACGUCGGUCCUAU